CGAUGAGGCGCCUGCUGCUCCUGCUGCUGCUCCUGUGGGAGGCCCAGAGCCGAGCGCCCUCCAGGCCCAACUUUGUCCUGAUCGUGGCGGACGACCUGGGCAUCGGCGACCCCGGCUGCUACGGAAACAAGACCCUCAGGACUCCCAACAUCGACAGGUUGGCCGAAGAGGGAGUGAAACUUACGCAGCACCUGGCGGCCUCGCCCCUGUGCACCCCGAGCCGGGCAGCCUUCAUGACUGGCCGGUACCCCGUCCGAUCAGGAAUGGCGUCUCAGACGCGAAUCGGCGUUUUCCUCUUCUCAGCCUCCUCCGGGGGACUUCCCAACUCUGAGGUCACGUUCGCCAAACUUCUGAAGGACCAAGGCUACGCCACGGCUCUGAUAGGGAAGUGGCACCUGGGCAUCCACUGCCACAACAACUCCGACUUCUAUCCCUUGACUGUAUUUUAUAAGCCGGACGCGGCUGUGCGAAGGCAGGAUGGGGCCCCACGGAUUGCAGACCUGUCGGGGGAAGCCAUCCCGGCUCGACCGAUGGAACUCCUGGUCGGUCAGACUCCCGAGGGGACACGUUGCACGUUAGGCUUUUAUAUAGAUAGAUGUCUAGUUUCACACGUGGCUGUGGUCUCCCCUUCAGGGCAGCUCCUGAAUGUCCUAGAGGAGCUGCAGCUGACCAACAAGACCCUCGUCUACUUCACGUCCGACCAGGGUGCCCACGUAGAGGAGGUCACCGCCAAGGGAGAGCGUCACGGGGGGAGUAACGGGAUCUUUAAAGGCGGCAAAGGCAACAACUGGGAAGGAGGCAUCCGCGUGCCGGGCCUGCUGCGGUGGCCGGGCGUGCUCCCGGCCGGGCUGGAGAUCGCCGAGCCCACCAGCAACAUGGACAUCUUCCCCACCGUGGCCAAGCUGGCCGGGUCCCAGCUGCCCGAGGACAGGAUCAUCGACGGGCGGGACCUGAUGCCCCUUCUGCAAGGCGAAACCCAACGGUCCGACCAUGAGUUCCUCUUCCACUACUGCAACUUCUACCUGAACGCCGUGCGCUGGCACCCGCCCAACAGCUCCUCCGUCUGGAAAGCCUUCCUCUUCACGCCCAACUUCGCGCCCGAGGGCGCCAACGGCUGCUUCCCCACCCACGUGUGCUUC